GCUGCCUCGAGUCGCCAUUUUGCUCGUGGAGACGUCGCCUGCAGGCCCGGCGCCUUCUUCCUCCGGCAGCGGCGGCUGCGGCGGGGCCGGGCUGGGGUCGGGGCCAGGAGGAAUUUUGUCGCCGGAGAAUAAGCAGAGGCUGUCUCGGAUCGACUUUAAGCAGCACACAGCUCCGCCUUUCUUGCUCUGAGCAUUGGACAACCAAGAAGGGUUGAUGUUUUGUGUGGCGACACCUGACCCAGAAACCAAGAUGAACAUAACCAAAGGAGGCUUGGUGUUGUUUUCAGCAAAUUCCAACUCGUCGUGCCAGGAACUGUCCAGGAGGAUUGCUGAGCGGCUGGGGCUAGAGAUGGGCAAAGUGCUGGUCUACCAGGAGCCGAACCGAGAAACAAGAGUACAAAUUCAGGAGUCUGUGCGAGGGAAAGAUGUGUUUAUUAUCCAGACCGUGUCCAAGGACGUGAACACCACCAUCAUGGAGCUGCUCAUCAUGGUGUAUGCGUGUAAGACGUCCUGCGCCAAGAGCAUCACGGGCGUCCUCCCCUACUUCCCCUACAGCAAGCAGUGCAAGAUGAGGAAGCGGGGCUCCAUCGUCUCCAAGCUGCUGGCCUCCAUGAUGUGCAAAGCCGGCCUCAGCCAUCUCAUCACCAUGGACCUGCACCAGAAGGAGAUCCAGGGCUUCUUUAACAUCCCCGUGGAUAACCUGCGCGCCUCUCCCUUCCUGCUGCAGUACAUUCAAGAAGAGAUCCCAGAUUACAGGAAUGCGGUGAUUGUGGCCAAGUCUCCAGCCUCGGCCAAGAGGGCACAGUCUUUCGCCGAGCGCCUGCGCCUGGGAAUCGCCGUGAUCCACGGAGAAGCACAGGACGCCGAGUCGGACUUGGUGGACGGCCGGCACUCGCCGCCCAUGGUCAGGAGCGCGGCUGCCAUCCACCCGAGCCUGGAGAUCCCGAUGUUGAUCCCCAAGGAGAAGCCCCCGAUCACGGUGGUUGGGGACGUGGGUGGCCGGAUCGCCAUCAUUGUGGAUGACAUCAUCGAUGACGUUGACAGUUUUCUUGCUGCCGCAGAGACCCUGAAGGAAAGAGGUGCCUAUAAAAUCUUCGUGAUGGCGACUCAUGGCUUGCUGUCUUCUGACGCCCCCCGGCUGAUUGAGGAAUCAGCCAUCGACGAGGUGGUUGUGACCAACACGAUCCCCCACGAGGUGCAGAAGCUGCAGUGCCCCAAGAUCAAGACGGUGGACAUCAGCCUGAUCCUGUCAGAAGCCAUCCGCCGCAUCCACAAUGGGGAGUCCAUGUCCUACCUCUUCCGGAACAUUGGCCUGGACGACUGACGGCCCUCCCCCACCCAGGGCCACACUGGACCACUGCCCCCUCCCCACCCAGGGCCAUGCCGGACCC